AUGGACUUCCUGCCCGAAGGUCUCGAUGAGACCCUCUCUGACACGAGUCCGAACACUAUGGUCGACGAACCGAUAACACAAAACGAUAGUUCAGAAUUCAUAGACCCCGCUGUGCUCCAACAUCUCGAUGAGUCACACUCUGACACGAAUCCGGACACUAUGGUCGGCGAACCGAUAACACAAAACAAUAAUUCAGCAUUCAUAGACCCCGCUGUAUUCGAAAGUCUCGAUGAGUUCCUCCUUAACACGAGUCCAGACACUAUAGUCAGCAAAUCGAUAACACAAAACGAUGGUCCAGCAUUCACAGACCCCGCUGUGUUCGAACAUGUCGAUAAGUCCCACUCUGACACGAAUCCGGACACUAUGGUCGGCGAACCGAUAACACAAAACGAUAGUCCACAAUCCAUAGAGGAAACUGUGCUCAAACAGGUGCUACCAAGCAACUUGAUUGGGGACAAAAUCUUUUUGAUUCAUGAAAUAGACCAAAAAAGGGGAAAAAACACGCGUGACAGGUAUCUGGAUCUGGUUGGAAUUUAUCGAACCAUCGAUGAUCUCCAUGAUUCCAGUUUUUGGGAUACCUCCGAUAUACCGCCUUUAGGAGAGACACAAGAAUGUCUCCAAUACGAUAACGACCGUUGCAUCAUUACUGGGUUUGGUGCUAGUGCACCCUGCCGCAUCAUUCCCUUCACCCGGGGUAUUGUAGGCGGUGGUCCGAAAGAAACGAUGCUCUCCGGAUGCCCACUCGUACACAACCUUCUCGGCUUUUCUAAGAUCAACCUUGCCGGCUAUCGCAACGCCAACCCCGACGUGGAACCCCGAUCGGAUUUAGAUUUGGAUCGGCUUAGAGCUGAAAUGAAAAGACCGACGUCGUGCUGGAAUAUGAUCACUCUUAGCCCCGAUCUCCGCAAAAUGUGGGCAGAAGGUAUGUUCGGAUUAAAAUGGGUCGGAGCUAGUCAAGAUCCCAUUGAUAAGGACAAAGUCUGGAUCGUACUUCAGUUUGUGUGGAUGCCAAUGAACAACCAAAGGAAGCGAGAUGAUGAAAUCAAGCUCUACAAGAAUGAACCCUACAAACUCGGGGACGAAUUGCAGCACACAUGGGGCAACAAAACAAGGCCACUCGUCCCUUGUUUGAUGGAUCCCUGUAUCGACUGCGAAAACACAGAGAGAGUGGCUGCUUACUAUAUCAACAAUGGGGUCCCAGUUCGAAGCGGUGAUUUGUUCAGCAUCACUCGUGCUCGGAAUGAUGAAAGUGUUUGUCGCUUUCAAACACUAUCAUAUUCUCAGACGGUCAAGAACCGAUCACCUGCUUGA